AUGGUGCCGCUGGUGCGGGGCGCCGGGGGCUCCCACCAGUGGCUGGCGGCCGUGCUGCUCGGCCUCUGCUGCCUGCUGCCCGCCGGGCGGCUCGCCGCGCCGGGAGGGGACUUCCCCGGGGCUGCCGCGGACAGCCUGGUGGUGCGGAAGGGGGACACGGCCGUGCUCAGGUGUUACUUGGAAGAUGGAGCUUCCAAAGGCGCGUGGCUGAACCGCUCGAGCAUUAUUUUUGCUGGCAGUGACAAAUGGUCAGUGGACCCUCGAGUUUCCAUUGCGACAGCAAACAGGAGAGAGUACAGCCUGCAGAUCCAGGACGUGGACGUGACAGAUGACGGCCCCUACACCUGUUCUGUGCAAACCCAGCACACUCCCAGAACGAUGCAGGUGCACCUAACUGUGCAAGUUUCUCCGAAGAUAUUUCGUAUUUCGAGUGACAUCGUUGUGAACGAAGGCAGCAAUGUUACUCUCGUGUGUCUGGCCACUGGGAAACCAGAGCCCUCCAUUUCCUGGAGACACAUCUCUCCAUCUGCAAAACCAUUUGAGAGCGGGCAGUACUUGGACAUCUAUGGAAUUACAAGAGAUCAGGCUGGGGAGUACGAAUGCAGCGCAGAAAACGAUGUCUCAGUCCCAGACGUGAAAAAAGUAAAAGUCACAGUAAACUUUGCUCCCACAAUUCAGGAACUUAAGUCCAGCGGAGUGAUGCUCGGAGGGAACGGCCUCAUCCGGUGCGAAGGCGCGGGCGUUCCUGCCCCGGUCUUUGAGUGGUACAGAGGAGAGAGGAAACUGAUCAGUGGUCAACAAGGAAUUACUAUUAAAAAUUAUAGCACGAGAUCACUUCUUACUGUUACCAAUGUGACAGAAGAGCACUUUGGCAACUAUACCUGUGUUGCUGCCAACAAGCUUGGGAUGACCAAUGCCAGCCUGCCUCUCAACCAAAUAAUUGAGCCUACUACCUCUAGUCCUGUCUCAAGCCCAGCUCCCAGUACGGCCCAGUAUGGGAUCACCGGGGACGCCGAGGUCCUGUUCUCCUGCUGGUACCUUGUGUUGACACUGUCCUCCCUCACCAGCAUAUUCUACCUGAAGAACAUCAUUCUGCACUGAGUGUAAAGAACCCUAAAAGGCUUUUAAGGAUUCUCUGAAAGUGCUGAUGACUGGAUCUGAUCUGGUAGAGUUUGUUAAAAGCAGCGUGGGAUAUAAUCAGCAGUGCUUGCGUGGGGAUGAUCGCCUUCUGUAGAAUUGCUCAUUAUGUAAAUACCUUAAUUCUACUCCUUUUUUGAUUAGCUGCAUUACCUUGUGAAGCAGUACACAUUGUCCUUUUUUAAGACGUGAAAGCUCUGAAGUUACUUUUAGAGGGUAUUAAUUGUGAUUUCAUGUUUGUAAUCUACAAGUUUUCAAAAGCAUUCAGUCAUGGUCUGCUGAACUGCAGACCGUAGUUUACAAAAAAAAAAAAGGAGAAUAUUGCAGUAAAAUGGGCUUCUUUAAGGCUGCAAUACAACAUUCAGUUCCCUUCUUAAAUAACA